UACUAUGAGGAGGACGAGCAGCACAGACCGCUGGUAAUUAUCAACUUCUGGACCAAACAAUUGGGGAAAAUGUCAGAUUCAGACUCUGAUUCUGAUUUUGUUCAAUGGGACAAUUCCAGACACCAUGCGAUAGAGAGAAGUGAUGGAGUCUUCAGUCCAUCAGAGUAUGAUUUUGAUCGAUGGGACCUUUUACCUGCCCGUACCAAACAAGAAACUGGACAGAGGAUGAAAAUCUGUACCCUCUGGCUUCCCAUUCUGCUGCAGCGUGAAGAAUCCGGCAUUAAUGUUUCCUGGGCUAUACAUAUUGGCCUAAUUGAAGCUAUGGAAAGUGAAGAUAUAAGUUUGAAAUGCCUGCAUCGGAUCGAAACAGUGGAAGCUGUUCUCAGAGCCUUGGAGAAAGGAAGUUUGAAAAGGAACCAAACAAAGCACAUUUUCUGGAUAAGCAACAUGUUUAGUGUGAAUCAGAGUUCCCCAGAGGUUUUGGAGGAUGCGUUAGAUUGGUUGGAGCGAACAGGAGAACCGGCUAUUCGCAGACGUGUCCUGGAGCUCGGCCACCCACGCACAUGCUACAUGGCCCUGUACCAUAUCUUCACUGAGUAUGCCAACUAUAUUCAGGCCAUGUGCACUAACCUUGAGAGGACAAUGAAGUCACUAAUGGCUCAACCGCCUGACCAUUUUGUUGAGAGAAGCGAAGCAAUGAAGCAGAAAGGAAACGAGAACUAUAAGAAAAGUCAGUAUGAAGAUGCUGUGCAGUUUUACUCCAAAGCCAUCAAAUAUUACCCCGAUAACCACAUCAUUUAUGGAAACAGAGCCCAAUGCUAUAUCCGGUGUAAGAAGUAUCUAAAGGCAGUUGGUGAUGGAAAACGUGCUACACUUAUAGAUCCGCUCUGGGCAAAGGGUCACUACCGCUACUGUGACGCUUUGUUCUCAAUGGGAGAAUUCAAACGAGCUAUUGAAGCCAACUCCUCAGCCCAGAGACUGUGUAAGGGUGACCAUGAAGGAUUCAAAGACUUGGAACAACAAAAACUCAAGUUCAUCCAAGCAAUAAAAGAUCUCAAAGGUGAACGCCCAAAGAGUAAGACCAAAAGACUGGACAGCACAAACGAAGCAGAAGCAGCAGUAAAAUGUGUGAAGCCUGGAAUGGCAAAAAGCGUAUCUGUUCAGACCAAGGUCCCCGAGGUUAAAAUGGACAAAACACCAGGAAAAAAAACAGAGAUUGUACAAAAGAAGAGCGCUACUAAAGACCCUAAACCCACAAAAAGUGAGAUUUCUUCAAACAGUGGACAAAUGAAUGUGGGGGAAAAAGUGGAGUCAGGCACUACAGCAAAGAAGAAAUCAAAGAGCAAAAGUAAUCCGCCUGCAGCUGAGAACCCUCUUCAGAACCCUCUUCAGAACCCUCUUCAGAACCAGAAAGUGCCCGAGAGUAAAGCAACUGUUUGUAAAGAGUUGAAGUCUUUGGUGCAGGACGCCCACACCGCUCUGGCCGACCUCCGCAGCCGCAAUGCAGAACAGGCCUUCAGCCAGGCACUGGCCAUACUGGAAACUAACACACCUAAGGAACUUGGACUUUCCACAUUGGAUGUACUGUUGCUGCUGUAUGGCCGCACAUCUGCCCUGACAGAAAUCGGUCAGCCUGAGGAACUCACAGAAGCACAGAAACUGAUGGAGAAGAUGAAGUCGUUUGAGGAGCGGACGUUUCAGUGUCUGGUUUUCUAUGCCACUGGGAGGGUGUAUCUCAAAGAGAACAGGUUUACAGUUGCUAUGGAUCAGUUCUCAGAUUCUCUGCAGAUGGUGAAGAAUCAAAUAACCCCUGGUAAACUCACCUGGCCCCUAACUAAAGAGAUUGUCAAAGAGACACAAACAGACUAUUUCAAGGCAAUUCUGGAAAGAUUUAUAGAGCAGUGCAAAUUCCCUCCUGUGCCUGAUGCUGUAUGUCGACUAGAGCAUUGCCGAGGCUCUUUGAAACCUGAAAUCUACCUGACUGACCCAGAUUUUAAGGGCUUCAUUCAGUUAUGUUGCUGUCAGAGCUGUACUGUUGAAUACCACAUCACCUGUUGGAAGACCCUAAAGACAUCAACCUUCUCUGAAAAGAAUGAGAAGGAUUUCUUGCAAGAAGUAUGUUUGACUCCAGACUGUUUCGGCCAAAUCUGUAGUAUCAAAAUAAUUGGACCGACAGGCCUGUUGAAAUGCAAGUUUGAAGCUGACAUCCUCAAACCCCAGACUCCUAAGAAGCCAAAAGUGACCCAGAAAUGUACAAGUCUGAAGAAGUCAAAACCAAAGGUUGAGCACCGGCCCAGGAGGAAGCAGCUUGAGCUGUCGUUUCAAGAGAAACUGCCAAUCAGCAACGAGAUCCUGCAGCAGAACGACGACUCUGCAACUCAGAGUGAACAGAAAGCCUGGUUGCUGUACAGGGAUCGGGUUCUACUGCAGAUCAGCCAGAACAUGGAGUUGCUGAGAGAGGUCAAUAGCCUCCAGGGGUCAGCCCUGAUGAUGGGCCUGAAGCCCUGGCUGGAGCUGGACUCGAGGAGGGGGAACCACCUUGCUGAGAGGAUGCUGAACUGGCAGCAGGAGCCUUUGGAGACGUUUUGUCAGGCUGUUGAGCUUCUGCUGGAGAGGAAGAAUCGGGUGUGGGCUCGUGUCCUGAUCGAAAUGCUCAGUAGCUCUCUGGAUGUGAAUCACAAACUCAACGACUGGGCAUUUCAGCUCAACAAUGCAGGCCUGAACGCUGCCACAUCCUUCAUCCAGCGCAACGCAGAACACUUGGAGCAGCUGGACCUUGCUCUUCUGCUCACCUUUGGCCCAUUACAGGAGAUGAUUAUAUCCAAGCUCGGUACAAGGCCGGAGCUUUUUUCAAGUGUUGGCUUGACUGUGACUGAAUACCUAAAACAGGCCUCACCACAGAACAUGAGACUCUUUAUCUGGACUCUGGAGGAGCACAGGGAGGAGUACCUGACCUGCCACACUAUACUUGAUGACUAUUUUGAUAUGGAUGGACAUUUUUCGGUCUUAAAAAAGUCUGAUGAAAAUCCAAAUAAUUCUCCUGUCAAGACUAAGGGUCGAGGUCGGAAAAAGAAACCGAGAGAGACAAAGGGUGUUAUUGUUUUGUCUGACAUGAGAAGCGUAACUCCAAGAGAGGAGUGGGAGCAAGACUUAUUUGAAGAUGACUCUUUAUCUUUCCUUAGCCCGGCUGAUCCAUUUAGUGUACCCAUUCACCUCCGAGACCAGGUGGCUGAUUUUGAGAACCAGUACAACGGCAUCGCACACAGAAGUCACUAUAAAAACAUUUUGGACAACAACCCUGACCCAACAAAAGAGAGAUUGUACGACUACUAUGCCCAGAUCUUGGAGGUGCACGGUCCGCUGAUGGCUGAGGACACCCUGCUGGUUGACGAACUGAAAUAUUUCCCCUCCGAGGCUCAGCAAAAGAUCCAAGAAGCGGGCAGCCUUGAGUCCUUCCUCCUGGAGUCUCUUCGCUUCAUAAAGAUGGGGAGAUGUAUCGGCCUGGCUAAGCAUGCUGUUAGCCUGCAGCAGGCAGGACAUGGAGCCAUCCUGGAUGACCUGGACAUCAUAGUGGAUCCUGACUCAAACAAUGUAUCUACUGAUUUGCAUGAAUCUGUUUUCCCAAGAUAUGGGGGCAAUUCUUCAUCUGCACUGACUCAAGUCCAUCCCAUCCUCCCAAAUCCUUAUACAUUUCCCUUCAAGUCAGCCUGUGAAGUUGCGCCAUAUGAGGGCAGCUUUUACCACUGGAGUAGCAGGGACAGUCCACAGCCAUCCCCCAAUUUGUUCUUAAAUGACAGUGAGCUGGAUCAUCUCAGUGAUUCUGAUGUUGGCGUUUUGGAUAUUGAUCCAUAUCUGGGUGGAGUUGCUUCCUGGACAAGUAUGGAAAACCUUUCGAGGAAACACCAAGCUGUUCAGACAUGUCCAGAGAACAUGAGCAGUGUCGCAGUCAAUACAGAAUUUCACGUGCGUUUUGAGAGCUGCGAGGGCGACAUCAACAAAAAGGAGAAAAGCAACAAGAGGUUGGAGCAGCAGAUCAAGGUAAUGGGGAAUGGCAGAGUAGACCAAAAGCACAAAGACGACCUCACCGCCCUUGAGGAAGACAUACGGAAGAUCACUGCCAAUAUACAAGUGACCAAUAGGGAGCUGACACUGCUCCAGCAGAGGCUGGAAGAGGAGGUGAGAAAGGACCAGAAAGAGAAGAAGGCCAACCAGGAAGUACUGAAGUCCCUCAAGCUGGAGACAGAAGAGUUGGUGGAGGGACAGGGAAGUCUGGCCCAAAACAUCCGAGCAAAGAACGCCAGCUGUGACGCAAAGUUGAGAGAUUUCCUAAAGCUUGGCAAUAAGUCAGCAGCAAAGAAGUUGAGUCUGGAGGAUGAGAUCAAGCGCCGCAAAGCUUCGGUUACCUCGGCAACUAAGAGGUCCCUAACAGCUCAGUUGUCGGCAGUGGAGAGCAGCCGGGAGCAGGGUAUGUGCAGCCUCUACAAAGAGCGGGCAGAUGCCAAGGCUUUCCUCACCAAACUGGAUGAAGCAGCUCACAGAUUCCCAAACCACAACCUGGAAUCAAAUAGACACACCUGGAGGUCCAAUGUCCAAGAAAUUGAAAAGAAAAUCUCCACUGCUGAGACCCAGUACCAGCAGCAGGUUGAUCAAGUGAAGAGUGGGAGACGAGUCAGUGAGUUAGUCCUAAGCAACAUAGACAACCCAACUGAAACUCCAGCAAAACCACCCUCUAGAGCAGCCAGGUCCCCUCCGCUCGUCCAACAGCCCGCAGCUCCAGCAGCAGCUGCGGCUGCAGCGGCUCCACCUCCAAUGCAGCACAAACCUCCGACGUGGUCACUGGAGCCUCCACCCACCUUAUUUGACAAAGCCAUCGAGGCCCUGUCCAGCAUUUUCCCUGAUUACACAAGGGCCGAGUUGAAGAGGUUUGUUAAGGAGCUGCGUUCCUCCAACGGUGGAAGCCUGAGCAACAUGGCGCUGCAGGAUUUGGUCGGCGGAGCGACUCAGCUGAUCCUGGACCAACAGGACCUUUAUUCAGUGAGAGGCAACAGUGUGGAACCUGGGAGACCAGCUCCGAGUGGCAUUCCCCCUUAUGUAGCCCCAUCUCCCGUCUGGCAGUCGGGUGGAUUCGUGAGAUCCACAAAUACUGAUGCAAUCAAUGUGGAGGAUCCCUGCAUCAUCUGUCACGAUGACAUGAGUCCCGACAGCAUGUGCGUGCUGGGCUGCAGACACAGCUUUCAUAAAGAUUGCAUUAAUGCAUGGCUGAAGGAGCAGAGCACCUGUCCGACCUGCAGGAACCACGCCCUGCUGCCAGACGACUUCCCCGCGCUGUCGGGCCGGAGACGCCCGGCUCCGUAACAUCUAACCACUUCCUUAAAGUCUGCUUUUAUGUUCAAGCUUUUAUUUGACUUUUUAUUCAUUCACAUCUAAACAUGCCUUUUAGAAGCUUUUUUUAAUAUCAUUAAAAAGCGAUGUGUAGAGAAACACCAGUUUUUACUUUAGCGAAAUAAAACUGUCUAGUGUUCCAUUUCGUCUUCCUCGUUUGUUUAUCUCUGACAUUUCAAAUGUGAAAAUUAAGAUUUUUUUACGCUGCUCUCUUUCAGGCCCAACAAAUCGUGAGAAGUAGUCAAAUGUCUUUAUCUUCACUGUCACCAUUGUCUCCAUGAAUGUGAUGUUUAUUACGUUUGUUUAUUUUUUAAUCACUCUCCUAGAUUUUAUCUCACAUACGAUCAUACAUAUAUACUUUUAUGAAAGAAAGCUCUGAAUUCAUCAGUAGAGCCACUCCUCCUUAGCGUUACUUCUUUCACCAGCUGUAGAGGAUCUGUUACAUUAUGAAAGAAACAAGUUCAGAGUUCCAAUAAAAAAAAUCUCCUGGGUCACAA